AUGAAGUUCCUAUUGAUCAUGGCCUGCCUAACUCUGUAUGUCGCCUCCAUUAAUGCCCAGAUUUGCCAAGGUCGUCCAGUCUUUCAGCUAUGCACUGGCGGCAGGGAUGAAGGCAAUCGCAAUGGAAGAUUUUGCGGCUUGACUGCCCAGAAUGGCAUGUGGUUCUAUAAUAGCCGGAGCAGAAGAUGCGAAAAGAUGAACUAUCGCGGAUGUGGCGGCAAUGGCAAUCGCUACUGCAAAGUGGAAGAUUGCAAUCGGUGCAGGCGCUAA